AGACUAGGGUGCCGGUUCAGGUCAACUGCAUCAACAAAUUGUAACGUUACUUCCAGCAGAUCACACUGCUUGAUUCGCAUAUCAGUCACUUGUAGUGGAGCGCCUGAGAGGCGACGAGAAACAAAUAAAGUUUGGUUUGUUGACCUGGGGGGCAGUGAGCGGUUGCUAAAGACAAAGGCAUGGGGAAGAAGACUAGAAGAAGGAAAAGCCAUUAACUUGUCACUUUCUUCUCUUGGAGAUGUCAUCAAUGCCCUUCAGACUAGAAAGGGCCAUGUACCUUACAGGAAUAGCAAGCUGACGCAGGUUCUUAAAGAUUCCCUUGGAAAGGACUCAAAAACUCUAAUGCUUGUCCACAUCAGUCCUAAAGAAGAAGAUCUCUGUGAGACAGUGUGUUCUUUGAAUUUUGCAACAAGGGUGAGAAGCGUUCAUCUAGGGAAUACAGAUUCAACUGAAGAAAGGCAGAAGGAAGUUGCAACGAUCAAGCUGCAACAAAAGAUGAAAAUGAUUGAAGUUGAGCGCCAGGAUGUUAGAAUGAGUAUCAAGAAGUUAAAUGAGGAAUUGGAGAAAUUAACAGGGACAACCCAAUCUUCCAGUGAGAAACUGGAUGCUGACAAUUUAUUUAACGACUUGCCCCAAGCUAAUCUUGAAACAAAAAGGAGCAAGACUAGAAAUAUUGCAGCAGCUCCCUCUUCGCAGGUACCAAGGUUUAUGAGACCUACUAUUUGCAGUAGAAGAAAAUCUGGACCCGAACACUUAACUUUUGAAGAGAAAGUGAAAUUCCCUGCAAGAAGGAGAAGACCAAUGAACCAUCAUGCUAAAUCUGUAAAUUUCCCUGUAAAGGAUACUUCAGAAAACAACUCAGAAUGUAGUAUUUCCAGAAAUAGCUGUUUAGUGGCUUUGAAGAUGAAACGUAGUGCAGAUGUAGAAACAGAAUACAGUCAGGAUCUAUCAGAAUGUGACAUUAAAGAGGUUGUAUUCCCAGAACAGGAAGCAUCACCAAAAUGCUCCAAUCAUCACAGAGAUCAUAGCGAGGAAUGUGAAAAUAGACAUAAAAGUAAUGCUUGUUCUGCAGAAUAUUAUGUUGAUAAGUGGCUACUCCUAAAUAAGAAUGCACCUGCUACCAGGAGUCAUUUUCACAGGAACAAACGGAUUCCAGCUAUUCCUACCCCAGAUGAGAAACAUAUAUGUAAUGGACAAAAAGAAAGAGACCAUUUGCAGGAUGAGGAAGUUCAAAACUGCAAGAAUGCAAUAGGACAGAUUGUCAACCACAACAAAUUGAAGAAGCAUGGUGAUAUGGAGGGAUCUCAAAGGUCCAUGCAAGAAGUGGUUAUUACCAAACCUCCCACAAAUUCGAAGGAUUUUGACAAUAUUGACUCAAGAUGUAACUCUGAUUCUCCAUCAGAUGAAUUUGUUGAAGAUAUAAUAAUACAUACAAAAGACAAAUUAGAUGGCGUGCCAAUGGAGACACACAUAUGCAACACCAUUUAUCCACCUGAUAUUUGGCACAGCAGUUUGCAUUCGAAUGAAGAUGAUAAUGGGGUCAACACUUUAUCCCCAAUGCAGGUACCAUUUGGUGAAACAGAAUCCUCAGACAGUUUCUUGUCAAACAAUAGCAAUUGGUGCCAAAUUUCUACCUCUAAUUUAGCUUAUAGCAUUUUGGACUCGAGAGAAGAUUCUGGAAUCUCAAUUUCAAGAAUAGAACUAAAUUCGGGCUGUCAACAAGUGCCUACCACAAUACGUGGGGAAGAAUGUGAAAAGGAAGAUCUGGACACGUUAUUUCAGAGCUCUGCAGAAGGAAUAAGACAUGGCCUGCACAAAAUGAGAUCUCAAAGAGCUUUAUUUAUGGAAUAUGUAACUCCAAAAGUAGCAAUCAAGCCACAGCAACUGAUAAAGUCACAAGAAAAUGAUAUGAACUCAGGAAUACGCCAUCUUCUUCAACAGAAAAUUCAGAUUUUAUGGGCCAGUGCUCUUCUAGGGUUAGGAUUUCAGAACUUGGGACUAGAGCAGGAAUUCUUCCUCGGUUUAAUACUUUGAAGCAGCUUCAGUAGGUGACUAUAAAUUUAAAGUCUUAGUAAAUUAAUCUUCUGAUGAUUCUGUCCAUUUGCUAGGUAACAAAAUUCAAUGAA